AUGCUACGGGUGACUGUAAGUAGUAUAUUGGACACUUUGCGGCUGAGACUACUUACGUAUGCAGUCUGCGCUAAACCGAAAAAGACGAUGCACUCACCUACAUUCGUGCUGUACCUCAUUCCAUCACGCUGUGAUUUCUACUACAUAUCACUAUAA